ACAGUGUGCAUUAGUUCGGAACAAGUGUCAACUCGCGGCACCGUCAUGCAACCCAUGCAUGCCAUCGAUCAAACCAGCUCAAUGGGGAAGCUGGUCGCAACGGCGCUCGGGUUUGGCGUGUUCCACGUCAUGUCUGGCCCCGAUCACUUGAGUGCGCUGGCGACCCUGAGUGCUGGCUCGUCGUGGCGGUCGUUCGCCCUUGGUGUACGCUGGGGAUGUGGCCAUAGCAUUGGGCUCAUCAUCAUGGCGUUCAUCUUUAUCCUUCUCGACGAUAGCCUCAACUUGGAGAAGCUCGACAUUGUCACGGAAGUCGUCGUUGGUGUUUUCAUGAUUGGUCUCGGUGUGCAUGGAGUUUACAACGCGAACAAGAAGCUCGGCGACCCACACCAACUUGGGCAUUCGCACGGCGGCAGCGGGCCAUCGUCCGAUUCCCAUAGCAAGCCCAAGGAGCAACCAUACGAAGAAGUCCCAUGUGUUUGUGACGACUCGGCGCGGUCCUCGCGCAGAAGGAGUAUCAGCGACGAGUCCCCUGCUCCUACAUUGCAUGCGGAUCCAACGCCUGAGCAGUCUCCAUCUCCAUCCGAAACACCUACGCACAAGAAGCGCAUUGUUAUGGACGAGAAAGACCCGGCACAUGUGUCGCGUCCGAGCGUGGAGCUGGUCGAGAACGACAAAGACACUGCAGUCGAUGAACUAGAGUCUUCAGGAACAACGCUGUCGUCGUCGAUGGUAGAGGAGACCGACGAUGGCAGCAGCGACGAUGACAACGCGCCCCUUGGCCAGUCUCGUGCACAGAAGAAGGAACUUCGCGGCAGGUGGCGGCGAUGCGUGCCCCAGGUCGAUAUGGAGAACCCGACAACGCAAAAGGCAACUGCCCUCUUGGUCGGCAUCGUUCACGGAAUUGCCGGACCUGGUGGCAUUCUCGGCGUCAUGCCGGCCGUGCGGUACCACAACUGGAUGCGGUCCAUGGUGUACCUCGGGACGUUUUGCGCCACAUCCAUUGUGAUCAUGGGGCUCUUCGCCGCCAUGUACGGUGAACUCACGUCUCGACUGGGGCAGCGGUCGGCAGUGGUCGCGUACCGGAUCAACGUGUUCUCGGCGGUCCUGUCGAUCGGUGUUGGCAUUUUGUGGAUCGUGCUGGUUGCGCUAGGCAAGAUGAAGGCCGUCUUUGGGUAGGCCUCCGUGGUGGUGUGUGUUCACUAGACGUUAAUAAAUUAACAAAAGACGAUCCAAAUCUGUGCGGACUUGAUAUGAUUGGGUUGCGCCGCCGCCAUCUCGUUGGAAACCAAUAGAGGCAGGCAAACCACCCGAAGCAAAUGGAUGCCAGGAA